AUGCCACUUAGCUGUUUCGCGUGCUUUGGGGGGAGCCCUAAGCCAGAUGAUAUACCGUUCAUCUCGCCAGUUGAAGACAAGGGAGUGGAUGUUGCCGCGCUUGAGGCCCAACGCCGAGAUGACGCCUUCGUACAAAGUUUCCAAGCCGCUUUGUCGGGUAUGCCGACCGACAGCGCCGAGGCUCGGAUUUCACAAAUAGCAGCUUUAGUUCUUCGGCAUCUCCAUGCCAAAGUCGUCAGGCUUUACGGCUGGUCAACGGACGACGUGGAGGAAGACUCCGCCGGCCAUCUAAUGUUGUUAGCCGUAGACUGGAAACGCACAGCCGGUGGGAGCGGUGGCGGUGGCGCCGCCGCCGCCACCGCUAAGACAUCAUCUUCCUCCCCGACACGGCCCCCUCCUCCGGAGCUUCCCGAUCUGCCCGGACAGCAUAUUGUUAUUCCCUCCACCCCACCGCCGCCGCUGCCAACCACCCCGGAUGCUGGCGCUGGGGCAGCGGCAGCUGGUGGCGGCGGCGGUGGCGGUGGCGCCAACCCUGCUGCCUCACACUGGCCACCGCUACUGCAGCAAGCCGUACACAGCAAGAUCCCCGCAGUGUACAUCGGGCCGCCGCCACGCUCCGGAACCACAUCCCCCGCAACACCCCCCAUGCCCCCCGAUUGCGCCGCCGACUACACGGCGCUCGCCGCCACCUCCUUCGCCGCACUGCCACUCGCACACGGCAACCGACUGCUUGGCAUUCUGUGGGUCGGCGCCGCCUCCGGCGGCGCCAAAGCUGAGCCGGCGGCGCCGUACGACGGUCUGCCGCCGCUUUCCGUACUCCGCCAGGUCGCCGGCAGCGUAUCGAUGUGUUUGCUUGGCGGCGUCGAUUUGGAGUAUUUGUCCUGGCUGACCGGGUCGCUACGGCGGGUGGCGGCGAGUGCGACGCUGCAGGCGCUGGUGGGAGAGCUUUGCGACGCGACGGCGCAGCAUGUACGACGGCGAUUUUUUGUUGAUGCCGUCGCGCAUGCUGCGGUGGUUCCGGAGCCGCGUUCGACGCGGCGGCGGCGGCGGCAGCAUCCCGCCAGGCGACGGCGGCCGGGGUUGCCGGCGGCGGCGGCGGGGGGAUGCUACCUGGCGGCGGCGGCACGCCACGGGGCGCGUUGGUGUCUGGGCAGAGGUACGGGCACCCCCAACGCCGUCAGCAGCACCGCCAGCGUCGUGACUGGCGGCGCCGGCGUCGGUGGCGGCCGGCUCACCCCCGGCGGCGGCGCCGGCGCCCAUGCGUGCGAAGCCGCUGCGGCGGCGGCGGCUGUGGCGGCGGGUGCGGUACCGUCGUUGCGUGCCAAGGGUUUUCAGAUGUCGCACACGCUUCUACAGCGCAUGGUUUCGGCGCCCGAGGGCCGGGGACCUGACGGCGUGUAUACAGGCCUUGCAGUAUCGGAUUGCGGACGGCACGUGCAGGACGUUCAUCAGCCUUCCCGUGAUGUGUGCAUGCUGAUGGCCGGAGGUGUCCGCGGAGCCGAUAUGACGGCGGACGCCUCGGACUCGAACAUCUUCGCAAGCGAACGGUCCACCGGCCGUAUCGCGAUGCAGUCCCUUGUACUUGUUGGGAUUGACGUCGGAUGUCACAUGGGCAAGCAGCACCAGCACCAGCAGCACCAGCUGCCGUACGCAGAUGCUGCAGCAGCUGUAGCGACAGUCCCCGGGGCUGGCGGCGGCGGCGGCGGCGCAGCCGCCGCAGCAGCACCAGCAGCGGCGGCGGCGACUCCAGGGGCGGUUUUGGCCUUGUACUUGGCGUUUCCGACCCGGUUGCCGCCGCUGCUGGUAUCAAGUGCCCAUGCGAGUAUUCGUCAACUGCUGAGCAUGAUGCUAGCACGUUUGGUCCGGGUCAAGAUCACCACCGAUCUCGACGCGGAGUUCCAGACGCUGUGCGCUGGCGUACCGGGUUCGUACGCUAUCGUACCUAGCACCCCGCCGGGCCCGCCGCCGGGCAGCCGCCCGGACGCCCAUGCCGUGGCUAGCGGGUUGAUGGCUCAGGGAUCUCCCGCUUGCGGCGGCGGAGCCGCCGCCGCUAACGGCCAUGCCGCCGCCGCCGGCGGCGGCGCAGCUGGCGGCGCUGGCGGCUUAGCGGCCGGCGUCGCCAGUUUCACGGCGGCGGCGGCGGCGCCGCUCGACGCUUCCGGAAUGCGCGGGGUCGCCCUUGAGCCCUCUAUUGGAUCGAUUGCCCGUGCCAGCUCCUCUCGCAACCUGGGUGGCAAGGCCACACACACGCCGGGGAAUGUCAUAUCGCUUUGUCAGGACGGUAUGUUCAAGCGCGCUCCAGAGCUAGGGGAAGAGGAGGAGGGGGAGGAGGAGGAGGAGGAGGAGGAGGGCGGGGACGCCUCACCCACACACGAGGAAGCCGAUGUCAUGCUCAGCAGCGACCCACGGGUCGAUGACCCGGACGACGAAGACGAAACCGACCCCCGUACCUCUGUACAUCGUGCGGCUACGUCAGGGGUGUCGGCCCGCCGUACAGGGUCCACGGCCCCCCCUGGGGGGGGGAUGUUCCAUGCUCACUCUAGCGCCGCGAUUCGCGAGCAGGAGGAUGACGACAUCUUCCCGUCGGACCUCCCGGACUACCCCGCAUUCGCACCUCGGAUACCGCCCACCCCGGCUGCCGUACUCACGGUGUCCGAGGCUGACGGAACCAGCAGCAUGCGACAGCACAUGGGGCUAUUGGUGGAGUCUCUCAUGUCCACCCUGCGGAGUACGGCACAGAUCGAUGACCAUUUCGACAGUGCCGUGGUUUCGGCGCGUCGCUCCAUGGAUUUGGAGCUCGAGGAUCUCCGUCUAUCGGGGGUGCUCGGGGACGGCGGGUCCGGGGUGGUGCUGUGCGGCAUGCUGGGCACCGUACCGGUGGCGAUAAAGAUCAUUCAAAUGCCGGAAGUGGAUCAACUUCAAUUCGCAUCCACUGUCAAGGCGCUCGGUCAAGAAGGCGGUGGCGGCGGCGGCGGAAAGUUACCAGCGCCGCCGGCGGUGGUGCCCCCGGCGGCGGCGCCGCCGUCACAGCAGCCGCGUCAUGGGUCAUCUCCAGGCGGCGGCGGCGGCGGCGGCGGCGGCGGCGGUGGCGGCGGCGGUGGCGGCGGCGGCGGCGGUCCGCCACAGCACGGCCAGCAACAGGUUGCGCCGUACGACGGCAGCGGUGGCGGGCAGGUGGCCGCGCCCCCCGGCCGGGUUUCGGUGUCCUCUUCAAAGUUGAAGCAAGCGCGGCGGGACAUGCUCCGGAAUGCGAUGGAGUUGGCGGUGAUGCGGAGCAUCAGCCAUGUGAACAUCACCACGGUGUACGCCGUGUACGACAAUGUCAUUCUCGAGCGCGUGAAGCGCGACGGCGGCUCCACCGCUUACACGCUUCGGCGCCAAGGGCCGGGGGAUAUGCAAAUGGAUAAGGCGGGUUCCAAGCCUGUGUUCGUGGCUCUGUGUAUGGAGCUGUGCGACUCGGGCAGCCUGGCCUCCAAGCUGGAGGAGCGCUCCUUCCCGCGGACGUACUACGUCGAUAACGGGGAGACGGGCCGCUCCAGGGGGACCCGGGUGCUGGAUAUGGUGGGUAUCUACCUGACGGUGCUGGAGGUGGCGUGCGCUCUGAGGUACCUGCACGCUAGACGAUUGCUGCACAGAGACAUUAAGUCGGCCAACAUCCUGUUGCGCUCGAGUCCCACCGACCCGCGGGGUUGGACGUGCAAGCUGGCGGACUUCGGAUCGGCACUGUUCCAGCCGCCCGAGGAGGGUCCGGGGGGGGGCCCCCCGGUGGAUGAGGUCGGGGGGUUGGCGGUGCUGGGGGGGGAGGUGGGGAUCGGGGCGGGGGGGGGAGGAGCUGGAGGAGGAGGGGGAGCUGCUGGCCGGUGGUUCGCCAUCCAGGAGCAGUCCUGGGGCACGAUCACCCACAUGAGCCCGGAGAGCAUGGACAACAACUCCCGAGUGGAUGCAUCCAGCGACAUCUUCGCACUGGGUAUUGUGAUGUGGGAGAUCGCUAGUGGUCGGGGAUAUCGGCCGUACAAGGAGCUGGCGCCUGAGCAAAUUGGGCCUGCUGACCUUGGCGCAGCAGUGCUGGGCGGCGGAGCCACAUAA